CAAGACGCUCCUUUACCGCCCACUCAUGGUGCGUUCAGGAACACUUGGAAAAUCGACCUCAGACUCGUUAAAGUGAAUUGAGCGGACAGAAAACUGCGGGGGCAGCGAGGACAGAUGCGGCAGCUGCGGGGGGUCGUGUCCCCCGUGUCCGCUGAGCCCAUGUGUCCGCGGAUCAUGAACUCCAGAGCAGGAAGUAAACGAUGGCAGACUAGAACUACAGUUUUAUAACUGUAGGUUAUCAGGAAGUUGGGGUUACGGGUCACAGUAAUAAAUCUGUUCCGUAUAAACAGUUAAAAAGUCUCCGGCUGACAUGGACGUUGAGACAUAUCUGACCCGUAUCGGGUUUUCGGGCCCCUCUGUGCCCAGCCUUGACGUGCCCAGCCUUGACGUGCUCCAGUCGAUCCACCUCCUCCACCAGCUGUCGGUCCCGUUUGAGAACCUGACGGUUCACAGCGGGGGUCGGGUCCACGUGGACCUCCCUCUGUGGUACCAAAGGAUUGUGCAGCAGCACAGAGGAGGUCUGUGCUAUGAGAACAACGGGCUGUUCUCCUGGCUGCUGGACCAGCUGGGCUACAGGGUGACCCUGCUCUCGGCUCAGAUCAAGAGUGGGGCUGGUUUCUAUGGGCCCCCCUUUGAACACCUGAUCCCCAUGGUGACCCUGGGUGGGCAGCGCUGGCUCUGUGAUGUGGGCUCAGGUCGUGCUAGCUUUACAUCCCCCCUUUCAUUGGAGACCAGCACCGCUCAAGAGCAGGGCCACAGGGUGUACCGGAUCAGACAGGACGGGGACUUGUACUUCCUGGAGUGGCAGCAGGAGGAGAACAGAGGACCUGAUGGAGACUGGGCAGAGAUGUACAAGUUCACUCUGGAUCCUCGGAGUCUGGAGGACUUUGCAGAGAUGUGUGAGUACCACCAGAGCUCCCCCUGCUCUGUGAUCUUCUGUAAGUCCUUUUGCACGGUCUUAAAGCCCGGAGGGAGACUCACCUUCGUUGGCCACAGACUGACCAGCGCCACCUACCCAUCAGAGGGGAAAGAACUGGAGACCAGGACCAGGGAGCUCUCAGAUGAGGAGAUCCCCGGGGUCUUAGUGAAGCAGUUUGGGAUAGUGUUAACGUCUCCGCUCAUACCAAAGGACGAGACUGUCACCCCUCCACCAGACCUGUACUAACUACGAGACCAUAACCCCCCCCACAAGACCCCUACUGACCCUGAGACCGUCGCCCCUCACAAGACCUCUACUGACCCUGAGACUGUCACCCCUCCACCAGACCUCUACUGACCACGAGACCAUCACCCCUCCACCAGACCUGUACUGACCCUGAGACUGUCACCCCUCCACCAGUCAUCUACUGACCACGCUGUAGACCUCAUACCUGCAGGUAUGGGUAUUGAACACCUGCUCACUGACAGGACUGCAGGUCUCUGAGUCCUGCAUGCAGCAGAUGUUAGAAAGGUCUGGUUCUGGAUGUGGCUCUGAGAUCAGGAUGCUGUAUUGAAUGUAAUCUGCAGGUUAUUAAGGACUCAGGACCCAGGACGGUACCUCUCUCAGCCCUGCUGCUCUGCUAACAUGCAUUCAGACAGACAGGGGCAGAUCCAGGGGUGGCCAUGGCCCCCUGUUGGCCCCCCUGGAUCCUUGUCUGUUAUUGGCUGUAUGCUCUGUCUGGUGUUAGGAUCACACUGAGCUGUGAUGUGUCAACAGGCUGUGUUUGAUCUCUGUGACUCUGAUCAGUGUAUUGAUUUAUAAUAACUCCACUCUGAGUCUCUAGAUGUGAAACCUUCUCUUGAGUACUUAAAGAGUUAAACUGAGAGGAUCAGAAUGAAACUAUCACUACGAUAACUUCAGGAACUCGUUCACUGUUGUUAUACUAACUAUAUUAUAAUAACUCUGUUUUAUCAGCUUCUCAUGAAUCAUUUACAGAAACAGAUAUUUUUACAGUUUAAGUAAUAAACAUUUUAUUUGAAAAA